AACUGGAAACAACAUGUACUCUGUCACAAUACCAAAAUCAGACAGAGAAAUGUGCAAUUUCUUUCGUGUAAGAAUGAAAUGGAAUAAAGUUUGUGAUAGUGGCAGCGAUUGGAGUAAGUGGAGUCCCUUGGUCAUUUGGAGAAAUGGUUCUGUGUUAGACUCCUGCCAUGAUAACCCAACAAAAAAUGAAAGAAUAUUAUCCAGCAUUAACUCCAAUGCACCAUUUCUAAUUAUUGCGUUAAUGGCUGCUAUUGCUAUGCUGUUGUAUUGUACAUACAAAACCAAACGAUUAAGACAUGUACUAAUCCCUGAAAUACCAGACCCAAAGCAUGUAUUUGAUGAUCUGUUCAGUUAUUAUGAUGGAAAUGUCCAGGUGUGGCUGGGUGCGUCUGAGGCAUCCAGCGAUGAAUUUAAACCGUUGGAGUGUAAACAUAUUUGCAUUGUUGAGGCGGAACCAGAACAGGAACAGGAAGUGGAGGAAACAAUGAUAAAUUAUGAAAGUGUGAACCAGAUCAGUUGUGAGAUAUCUCAUGCAAACACAGCUGAGACAUCUGUGGUCUCUGAUAAUCCCAAAACUGAGGACAAUGCUAACUUUCAAUUGAACGAAAACAUGUAUGUGACCUGGUAAUACCAGCAAAACAAGUUCGGCUUGUUUUAAGUUGUCUUAGAGAAAGCUGGUCGUCUCCUUGAGGAGCUACAGUAUCAAUGCCUGCUUACCAGGAGAUUUUUUCCACAGAUUUUUUUUUUAGCUGGAAUUAUAUAUUUAAUGUAAAGACCAUACAAAUUUCAGAAAGAUCUAAAUUAAUUUUAUCAGAAACAAUUUUACUUACAUCAACCUUAAUCUACCUGUCUUUAUACUUCUGCUGAUAACACCAAUAUAUUGCUCAUGUAUAAAAUUCUAAGCAUGAUGUCUAUGUAUAUAAUGCAAUUUUUCAGUAGCUGCUAUAUGGUAUAAUAUGUGACAUUCAUGUUCAAAUGUCCCUUUCAAUGUACAGUGAUUACUCAAUUCAUUUGUAUUGCACGAGUAAGAGACCUACCUUUAAAAUGCACCUAAUAUUAUAUGCCCAAGCAUUAUCUUCCAGUGUUAAUUAGUUUUCAAAUUGUAUUCUUCCAUGUAGAGGGACUAUGGGACUUUCAUUGUCUAUGCUUAGGUUCAAUUACAAUGAAAUGACAAUGGUAGCUUCACAAAAUGUGGCAAUGGCUCGUGUCUGUUAAUGUAAUAGACAAAAAAAAAAUAAAAAUGAAUGCAAAUGCUCACAACAACAAAAAAAAUCCCUGGAACACCCACAACCUAAAAUAGUAGCAUUAAGCUGAUAACAAUGAAAUAAUUAUAAAAAUCACAUACCCCCUGUGCUUACCAUAGUCACACAUGCUCUUUGUAAAAUAAAUGUGUCUACUGCACCCAGAAUUGGAGAUAAGGAGAUUCCAUGAUUGUUUGUCGAGGUACUAUUCAUAAUGUUUUUUUUUUUAUUUAUUUUUUUUUU